AUGAAUGGGGCCAACUGGUUCAACUACGAGGACACAUCAAAUCAAAGCCCUUUCUGCCUGCAUACGACCGAUUUCGACGCCGGCAUCACUGUUGGCCAGGAAGCUAGUCCGGAGAGCAUCGGUCUCCGUGAUUCCAACCUUGCGCCAUCACUAGCGUUUGAUGCCAACAACGUUGAACAGAUCGUGCCAGACCCUGAACCGUCGGAAACCCCCGGCCUGUCUGUGGAAAGGGUCUCCGCCGAAGAGGUCGAAUACGACACUUGUUUUGGGACGAUUGAGGAUCAUUUCGUCACAGCAACACCCAUCAAGGACGCUAACCAGACAAAGGUAGUCGUCAUUACUGGCGGCGGCACUGGCGUCAUCAGAGUCGCCGAGACCAAUGUAUACCGCGGCCUGAUCAGUGGAAAACUUUUUGAAGCCUUGAAAGAACUAAAGGAAAGGUGUAGCGUCAUGCUCUCAGCAGUAGUGAAGGCUCCAAAAAUCCUAUCGAUCGUUGUUUACGGCCUGAGCAGCAAGUCUGAGACCGUGGGCGACAUCCUUCUCGAACAUGGUUUCUAUCUUCAACUCCCCGACUCCUUUGAUCAAUCUGUCCCUUACGAGAAUCCUCAGUCAUUCUCGCUGCCUGGUUUCCUCUCGAAUAUCCCCGCCGGAAUGCCGAUAAGAGAGUCCGAGAAAUCAUCUGUCACAAAGGUGCCGGUUCUUAACACAGUUGAAAAGUCGAAGCUUUCGGCGCUGCUCGAUUCGGCAACUGGCCCCGAGAAAUUCCGGGAGGUGCAAGCGAGUGAAAAACUCAUUACAGAGCUUAAUCAUUUCGUAACAAUAUCACGGGUGGCUGCAUCUUCCGGCGGCCUGAACUUUGCCUUGGAGGCUUACUGGCAGAUCACUGCCGAAUUGGAAGGACCAAAUUUCAAAACACUUUAG